GGAACUACAGCUCCCGGCGUGCCCCGCGCCGUGCCCAUGGCCACGGGCCGCCGGGCCCGCGCCCCGCGCAGCGAUGCCCAAGGCCAGUGAUACUUUAUGGGACCUUGCUAUAGCUGAAGUGGAGAAGAGAGAAAAUCCUGAUGAUGAUGAUGAUGUCAAGCCAGGGGAAGUUUGGGAAAAAUCAGUAUUAUUUAUGGGAAACAAAAAUGGGGGAAAGACCACUAUCAUACUGAGAUGCCUUGAGAGGGAAGAGUCUCCAAAGCCAACAUUAGCCUUGGAAUAUACUUUUGGAAGAAGGGCAAGGAGACACAAUGCACCUAAAGAUGUAGCUCACUUUUGGGAAUUAGGUGGUGGAACCUCAUUAGUGGAACUCAUUCGAAUACCAAUCACUAGCUACAACAUAAGAUCAUUUGCUGUAGUUCUGGUAUUGGAUCUCUCCAAACCUAAUGAACUCUGGACUACUAUGGAGAACCUUCUGCAGGUCACCAGGAACCAAGUGAAUAAAAUUUUAACCAAACUAGAAAAGACAAACCCUGAAGUAGCUGAUGAAAUUAAACAGAGAAUGUGGAACGAUCUACAGAGGGAUCACCCUGACAGUGCAUUAGUUGACCCUUUUCCAAUACCCUUGGUGAUAAUUGGAAGCAAAUACGAUAUUUUUCAUGAGUUUGACUCUGAAAUGAGGAAAAUAAUAAGCAAGACACUUCGAUUUGUUUCACAUUAUUAUGGAGCAUCAUUAGUGUUUACCAGUAAAUCUGAGGCUCUCCUGCUGAAAGCCCGUGCUCUUAUUAAUCACUUGGCAUUUGGCUACGAUAAAAGCAAGUCUGUAUCAGUGGAUCCCAGCAAACCUCUCUUUAUACCAGCAGGCCUGGAUUCCAUGAGCCAAAUAGGACCACCACCUGCCUCUGACAGUGAUCUUGGAAAGCUGCGUGCCAACACACCUUUGGAACUAUGGAAAAAAGUAUUUGAGAAAACAUUUCCUCCCAAGAGUUUCUGUGAUUUACAAGAUACCAAGGACCCCGCACAGGAUAGUCAAUAUGCUGAGUAUGAAGUUGAUGUCAUGAGAACUCAGAAAAACCAGGGAUGCAUUUUACUUUCUGUUCUACAUAGAAACUAGGAACUUGAACAAUACAAAAGAAAUGCCUCUAAAUCCUGGAAAGAAAUGGAUUUUGACUCCGAUUGAUGAACUGCUGUGUCUUCAGUUUAACACCAUUUACAAAAUUAUUUUUAUAAUUUUUACAUUGCAUUAACAAUUUCAUCUGAUGCAGUUGAAAAUAUAUAAUAUCAAACUACCAAGUAUUUAUUUAGUAUUUAUUAAUCAUCCCUGUUGUUAUUUUUAUAAAGGGAGCUGUUUAUUCACUCAGUCUAAAUUAGUUUAUCUUGGCACUGGCAAACCAUUUUAAAAAGUGGGGAAAAAGGAAUUUUAAAUUGCUCUCAGAUGGGUUUGUAUAUGCAGACUGGCAUUAGUCAGUUCAACUUAAUUUAUAAGUUAGAACACAUUAUUUGAUUUACUUUUGAAUACUUCUACCCUAAGCAUAUAUUUAAAUAUAAAGAAGUUUUCACACCCAAAACACGAAAUUGUGUAGUGUGCUAGGCAUCUUUUUGUAGUUCAAAACAAAAGCUUAAGAAUUACUUACAUAAUUGUUUGAUAUAUUUGCAUAAAUAAAUAAAUAAAUAAAUCUCAAACUGACAUAGUAAA